CGCGGAGCAAAGCAGCUUGGUUUAUUCUUCGCUGGUGCAGGCUUCCUGACGGCCUCAGCCCUCAUCUCUCGACGCGCUGUUGCUCGCAAGAUGGUCGACGCCUACCCCAAAUUUUACCAGCCGAGUCAUCACGGUCCAAGGCCACCGCCACGCGCCCAGGCAGAGAAAGGAGAGGAUCAACUUGUGGCGAUAGAGGCGUUGGGUUUGGCAACACUGAACGUUUUCAGCUUUGGGGUCAUGAUGACGGGUGGCGUCAUGUUUGCCUUUAACAUCUCAAACGUGGAAGACCUGCGGAGGAAGGCGAGAAGCAAGCUAUACGGGACGAAUGGGGCUGUGGAUGAGGCAGCAGAUCAGCAAGUGGAGGAGUGGAUU